CAACGAUAUCUUGUUGAACGGCUUUUCAACCAUGCCUUCUGUUUCUUCUUGUUUGUUGUUGUUGGCUUUUACUCUCUUAGGAGUUGGAGUUGGAGCUUUGAAUUUAGAUCCUGCGUUGCAGGAGAUUCUGGAUAAGGCACACCAAGCGCCUUUAUAUACUUAUCCUACCAGUUUGACACAGGGAACUGUGCCGGUAUGUGACUUGCUUGCGUAUCAUGUCCAUACUUUUGGGCUAAUCAAAUUAUCGAUAGAAACCAAUUCAUUCUCACAAUGACUGUAAGAUACCGGGACUUCCUUUGCCGUACUAAAUCAAGCUCAAUCGGUCUCAACUUAGAAGAUUUCUAGUUGCAGUCUGAAUCUUCUAUCUUGACGAUUACUACUCAGUUUUCUAAUCCAAACUACAGACUGGAGAGAUAUCCCAUUUUACUCCGCUCUUUCUCAAGGAGCAAUCUCAAUCGAGGCCGACGUCUGGCUAUACAACGCAACCCUUCAUAUCGGGCAUGAACAAGGAGCUCUAACCAAUGAACGCACCUUUGACUGUCUCUACGUCAGCCCCAUUCUCGACGUUCUGAAAAGACAAAAUCCAAAGUCGAGAUUCCUAUCAGCACCGACUCACAAUGGCGUCUUCGAUACCGACGCAGGCCAAACACUCUAUCUAUUCGUAGGCUUGAAAACUGAUGGAGCCAGCACAUGGCCCGUUGUCAUCAAAGCCUUGGAGCCUCUGUAAGCUUUCCAAAAAAAAACACCUCAUCAAAAUCCCACCUCUCUAACCUCCCGAAAGAAGAGAAGCAGGAUUCCUAACCAGAGUAAACAACGGCGCCUUGACCAAAGGCGCCGUAACCGUGAUCGGCACCGGAAACACACCUCUAAACCUGGUGCAACUAGUCCUCUCACGCGAUUACUUCUGGGACGGCCCAAUUGCUACUCUGAACACCACAUUCUCUAAUAUCACAGCGUUGGUUUCUCCCAUUGCAUCAGCGAGUUACAAGUCGAUUUUUGGGACUGUGACUGGAGAGAAGGGGUUGAAUGAGACGAUGCUGGAAGUCUUACGGGGGCAGGUGAAGGUUGCGAAGGAGAAGGGGAUUUUGUUGAGGUAUUGGGAUCAACCUGGGUGGCCGAUUGGGACUAGAAAUGGAAUUGUGAGUUUUGAUUCUGGUUUUUCUCUUUGUGCUGAUUUGGGGAUGGAUGUGAUGUGAGGGUGAUUGCUAAUGAGUUGGGCUUCAGUGGAGACAAUUGAAAGAUGAGGGGGUGGAUUUGAUUAAUGUUGAUGAUGUGGAAGCUGCUGCUGGUACGGAAUGGUAAGAUGAUGAUCAUCGGUGAAAUAGUAGCAGAGAGGGGCACUUCACCAGCUCGAACUACCCCCACGAUUGGACAAUUAAAAUCAGCCAGUAAGACAUGGAACAGUUCUUUCGCG